UAUAUUUUCAUCAAAAAACAUGGCGUCGCUCUAUGGUCAAUGUUAACGUGGGUAGAAGCAACUUAUGUGAAACAGAUAUUAUCGCCAGCAGCAGCAAAAGUUGAACGGAAACAGUCAACUUAGGCUUAUGUCGAGAGUGUGUUCUUCCUUCAUCAGAGGCGUUUACGUUCUCAACAGAAGGAACGUCGUCUAUUCGCGGCAGGAGAGCGCGUUAUGGUUUCCAAUUUCGGACAUUGUAAAGGAAUUCCUGACAUCAACCAAAAUUUUUAUCUUCACCCCUGUCCGUUUCAUUACAUCAGAGACAUUUCUUAACAGACUGAUGAAAUGCAAUGCACCCGCAGAAGCAGAUGGAACCGUUUGUCCCCUCCAAGCCAGUGUUCCGGCAGACAGCGGGGAACAAAUGUCUUUGUUACUGAGACAUCCAGACCAGCCUGAAAGGUCAAAGGUCCUAAAAGUGGCCAUUUUGGGUGCUCCAAAUGCUGGAAAGUCCACGUUGUCCAACCAACUGCUUGGCAGAAAGGUGUUUGCUGUGUCAAAGAAAGUCCACACCACACAGUCCCGUGCCCUUGCUGUCAUCACAGAGGAUGACACACAGAUAAUUUUACUUGACACUCCUGGGAUCAUCUCCGCAUCAAAAGUAAAAAGACAUAAUCUGGAGAAGUCUUUGCUUGUGGAUCCAUGGGAUACAAUUAAAGAAGCUAAUCUAGUGGUCGUGGUGGUGGAUGCAUCUGACAAGUGGACCAGCAACAGGCUCGACUUUGAGAUGCUGAAGUGUUUGGCCCAGCACAAACAUAUCCCAGCAGUUCUGGUCCUCAAUAAGGUGGACCUGGUGAAAAACAAGGAGAGGCUGCUGAAUGUCACCUCAGAGUUGACAUGUGGAAUUGUAAAUGGGCGCAGGAUGCAGGUCAGGCCUGUCAUCAAGCCUCCGUGGGCCAUACAGUGGUCUGAGAAGGACGAGGACACAGAGGAGGAGGAGGAGAGCACCGAUCUGAACAUAUCUCUGAGCAAUGAAGAACUGAGAACGCUCAGAGGACAACAGGGAUGGCCUCACUUUAAAGACGUCUUCAUGCUCUCCUCGGUGGACGCAGAGGAUGUGAAAACGCUGAAGGACUACUUCAAGGUUGCUGCUAAGCCCGGCUCAUGGCUGUACCACAGUGAGGUCCUGACUGAUCUGAGUCCAGAACAAGUCUGCGUCAACCUCAUCAGGGAGAGGCUCCUUGAGAUCCUGCCGCAGGAAGUGCCUUACUCAAUGACACAGGUUGUGGAUCUUUGGCACGAGGGAGAAAACGGUGCGAUCAUCAUUGCAGUGAAAGUGUGGGCCAAAAAAGAUGCUCAUGUGCGGAUGCUGAUCGGCCCAGGCGGACAGACCAUAGCACAGAUUGCCAAGGAAGUCAGCGGCGACCUGAGACGCAUCUAUCUGAGAGAAGUUGACCUGAAACUCGGAGUCAAGCUGAGGAAAUAAACAGACCAAUGGAACUUUGUACAAACAAUAGGAACUUAAAAAAAAACCAUGAGACUGAAGUGAAGUUAUAACAAUUUUGAGCUUGUCUCCAGAGUCUGAGCUUGUCCGUUGUCCAGCAGAGAUUUUAAUGUAAGGAUAAUUUGUACGUACGUAAGAUGUUAUCAAUAAAUAAAUGAAUUAAUAAAUAUUGGGUUCCAUAGUGUAACCGUUAGCAUACCUGCCUCAGAAGCAGAGAGCAGAGUUCGAUUCCCGGAGGAACAACAUACUUGAUUGUUUAAUCUUCCUUCUGUAAGUCGCUUUGGCUGAAAACCAAAGUCUGCUUAAUGCAUAAAUGUAAAGUAUAAAUGCGUAUGUCAUGAAACAUUAAUACAGAUAUUGCUAAGCAUAAUUCAUGUGUUAUAACCAUAACUGAUUAUAAACGUGAUGUGAGUAGA